AUGUCUUUCUUCGGCAAGCUCAAAGGAAGCGCAGUGACGAGUCCGACCGCAGGCAGCGCCCCUCUCAAGAAGGAUGUCGCCGCUCCUCUACCAACGCCACUAGAGAAGCACCUCGCUGAUCUAGCUGGUCCCGUACGGCCUGAUGGUAGUGACAAGUUCUUUGGCUUUGAAAAUUACGGAAGCACAUGCUAUGCGAAUUCGAUCAUCCAAUGUCUAUACUACUCGACCACGUUCCGCGAAAAUGUGCUCAACUUUCCUCCGCUUCCCCCAUCACCCGAGCACAACGAGUCGGAUGCAGACCGUAGCAUGAGCCUCCAGAAUGGCCUGCCGUCGCCUGGAAACCACCUCUUGACUGCUGCGACGAACAACUUCACGUCCAGCUCGCCAGCACGAAAGCCCAUCAUUCUGCCAAACACACCUGAAGCACAAACGACAAAGCCCGAUGACAAGGAUUCUCCAGACUACAAGAAAAAGGUGGCCAUGAGGUCGGGCCCUAUCUUGGAAAUGCAGAUGAGCAACUCUAACGCAUACGGCAUGUCCGAAUCACUCUUCACCUCGCUCAAGGACAUAUUCGAAUCCAUCAUCGGACACCAGUCGCGCACAGGAAUCAUCAGUCCUCUAAAGUUUCUUGAGAUCCUGAGGAAGGAGAACGAGAUGUUCCGCUCUGCCAUGCACCAGGACGCCCAUGAAUUCCUUAAUUUGUUGCUCAACCAGGUUGUCGACAACGUCGAAAUGUACUCGAAGAUGCUGCCAGCCAUCAACGGUACCCUCAAUGGUCACAAGGGCUCGGAGCCCAGCAUGGAAGGCGCCAUGUCUGCCAUGGCAAAGGCACAUAGCACGCCAGGCAUGAGUGGCGCUGGCUGGGUACACGACCUGUUCGAGGGUCUCCUCACAUCAGAGACACGUUGCCUGAGCUGCGAAAACACAUCCCAAAGGGACGAAGCCUUCAUGGACUUGUCUGUCGAUCUCGAAGCACACUCUUCGGUGACGGCAUGUCUGCGGAAGUUUUCCGAAGAGGAGAUGUUGUGCGAACGGAAUAAAUUCCAUUGCGACAACUGUGGUGGCUUGCAAGAAGCCGAGAAGAGAAUGAAGAUUAAACGACUACCACGCAUUCUGGCACUUCACCUAAAACGUUUUAAGUACACAGAGGACCUCCAGAGACUCCAAAAGCUUUUCCACAGAGUUGUAUACCCUUAUCAUUUGCGAUUAUUUAAUACUACCGACGACGCAGAAGACCCGGACCGACUGUACGAACUUUACGCCGUUGUUGUUCAUAUCGGAGGAGGUCCGUACCAUGGACAUUAUGUGUCUAUAAUUAAGACUCAGGAUCGUGGGUGGCUCAUGUUCGACGAUGAACUGGUUGAGCCGGUCGACAAGAGCUUCGUUAGAAACUUCUUUGGCGGCGAGCCAAAGCCCGGCGUACAAGAUGCCAGACAACUUGCUUGUGCUUACGUGCUGUUCUACCAAGAAACCACUUUGGAAGCUAUGCAAAAAGAGCAGGAAGUCGAAGCAAGACAAGCUGCCGCUGCGGCCAACAUGCCAAACAGAGAUUCGGUAUCGAAAGAGGCGCAGGGCGGCUUGAUGAUCAACACCAACGGCCUUCGCAACACACACACCAUGCAGUCACCGAUCGAGGAAGAACCCAACGCUUUUGCCAACCUCGCUCAUGCCUCGACUGCUCCAGCCUUGUCACAGCAACGUUCGACAUUCAGCAGUCUAUCAACUUCACCUUUCCUCGGUUCCGGAUUUGGAUCGAUUGAUAAGAAAGCUGCAAAGCAAGCCGAGAAGGAUCGCAAGACACAGGAGAAGGAAGCCAGGAAGCUUGCAGACGCUAAGAGGAAGGAAGCAGCUGAAGCGACCAGAAACGCAUGGAAGAAGCAGAAUGAGGACUACCUGGCAGCCAUUGAGCUCAGCAAGCAAACGGCGGCCGAAGAGGCCACUCGCUCGGGUAACCCCAUUCCAGACACAGCGAUGCCUGCAACAACACCUGCAGCAGAUUCGAAAGACCGACCAGGUCUCAGCAGAUUCAGACACAGCUCGAUGAGUCUACGACAGAAGCCAAAGUUCUGGACUUCAGGCAAAGAGAAGGAACUAGGAAGCCCCCUGCCGACCCAGGCCGAAGAAGCGAACGCCGGCGGAGAAAAGGAGCUCAAGAAGAACCGGUUCAGUCUGAGCAGGAAGAAGUCGACGGUGCUUUGA